CUGGCUGACAAGUUGCGUCGGGGUGGAGAUGGGCAGGGAACAGGAGCUUGUACGCAUUCGGCCCGUGAACUGUAGGUUUCGCGAAGGGGGUCAACUUCUCUGUCUGGUCGUAAUUUAUUCCUGUGUUAUUACGUUCGAGUUCGGACCAUUUGAAACACGAUUUUAAUGUCACUCACGUGUCGGUUUGUUAACAUUAUUUAUAUGGAGAUCGUGGAGCGCUAGAAGAUGCUGGGAGACGAUCCACCGUACCUAUCUGUGGGUACGGAGGUCAGUGCUAAAUACAAGGGUGCCUUCUGUGAAGCGAAAAUUCGAAAAGUAGUAAGAUCAGUAAAAUGCAGAGUGACUUAUAAGCAAGGUUUAGGUACAGCGACAGUUGCUGACGAUCAGAUAAAGGGAACGUUAAGAGUAGGUGCAUCUGUUGAAGCUAAACAUGGCGAUAGAAAAGAAUUUAUUGAAGCUACUAUCACUAAAAUCCAAGACUGCAGUCAGUACACUGUGGUUUUCGAUGACGGGGACAUCACAACGUUGAGAAGAACGGCGCUUUGUCUAAAGAGUGGCCGGCAUUUUGCAGAGAGCGAAACAUUGGACCAACUCCCCUUGACGCACCCGGAGCAUUUCGGUAACCCAGUAAUCGGCGGUAGAAGAGGGCGGCGGUCUAGACAAGCGCAAGAUGAGAGCAGCGACGACGAGGACAGCCCUCCGCGAGGUAAUCGCGACUCGGGCUCCAGCGGGACAGGCAAGGAGGGAAUGGAGACGGAACCCGAGAUCGGACGGGUUGUAUGCGUCGAGCUCGGGGAUAAAAAGAAGAAAGACAAUUGGUUCCCCGGGCUGGUGGUCGCUCCGACUGCCCAGGAUACAGUGAGAAUUCGAGUGAGAGACGAUUAUCUCGUGCGCUCGUUUAAGGACGCGCGAUAUUACACAGUCCCGAAGAAAGAAGCCACCGAAUUCACAAAGGAGCUUGUCAACAAAGUUGAGAAUAGCACGUUGAAGGUAGCGGUAGAAAAGGCGUUGCUAUUUUUAGAAAAGAAUGAGUUACCUCCCCAUUGGGACAAGGAUUCUCUUUUUGGACAUUCUGUAUCAAGCGGGAACAGCGAUUCCGAUGGCGAGCUUGAUUCCGAUAGCUCCGACGAUGAGCCGCGCGAAGAGAAAGAUCAUUUCGUGGCGCAACUGUACAAGUUCAUGGACGAUCGCGGUACUCCUAUUAACAAUUGCCCAAUGAUUGGCUCCGAGGAUAUAGAUUUAUACAGGCUAUUUCGAGCCGUUUACAAAUUAGGUGGUUAUAAUCGUGUGACAAAUCAAAAUCAGUGGAAACUGAUAACACGCCGUCUAAGCUUCACAAUGCAAAAUUCUCCGUCUACGCACAAUUUGGUUAAACAAGCCUAUAAAAAAUUCUUGCACUCUUUCGAAGACUUUUAUAGAAAAUUGGGUUGUACUAUGGUAAACCAUCCGCGAGGCGUUAUGCGUAAACAGCGUCCUGGUAGAAGUUUGAUCAGGGACAGGGACAAAGAUAGAAAUACGCCUGUACCGCCACAAGUAUCGGUAGCCAAGAACGAGAAGGAGGAAGAGGAGAAGAAGGUUGUCGAGGAGGAGAAGAAGGAGAAAAAAGAAGUGAAGAAAGAGCCUGUCAAGGAGGAAGAGGUUGUUAAGAUUAAGAAAAAAGAGGAAUUCGAAGAAAGCGGUAGCGGACAAGAGAGCGAUGUGAACGUAGAGGCCGAAGCUGAGUCGUCAUCAAGCAGUGAGAAGUCCCAAAAGAUCUCAACGUCUUCGUCCUCAUUGCCGAACAGAGGUAAAUCGAAAAGUAAAGAAGAGCCGAAGAAGAAAGUGAUUGAGAAAAAGAAAACCGAGUCUCGAAAACAGGAGAAGAAAGAUGAUAAGACGAAAGAAGAGGAUGCUGCUAAGACGAGAUCGAAAUCUAAAGACGACACUGUCAAAAGCAAAGCAUCUUCGGAGAGUAGGGAAACGCGAACUCCAUCCAGGGAAUCGGAAAGGAAAAAUCUAUCGAAACAAAGGCGAUUGAUUGAAGAGGAACUAAAGAAACGGGGAAGAAAGCGUAAAGAAUAUGAGACUGAGAAAUCUCGUACAGAGGAACCGUUAACGGAAUCUGCACCUUGUUACAAAGGGCCUGUAGAGUUAGGAGACAGGUUAAAAGUAUAUUACGGACCUACUCAUGAGUCCAAAGUUACUUACGAAGCGAAGGUGAUCGACAUAGAGAAAGAAGGCGCGGAACCAAUGUAUUUGGUACAUUAUACUGGAUGGAAUACAAGGUACGACGAAUGGAUUAAACCGUCGAGGAUAGCACAGAACUUCACGCAAGCCCAAGGAAGAGUAAAACGGAUUAAAGCCACUUCGCGACCUCAGACUCCUAGUACAAAUUUAUCGAACAAUAACGUAAACAAGUCUUCGAAAAAUGGUUCGAAUGCCAAUUCAACUGGAUCUCAAAGUCGUCGACGAGCUCAAAGUGUAGCGCCUACGACGUCGGUCAGUUCGUCUACUUCGACGAAGGAGGUCAAGAAAGAAGAGAAAGACAAGGAUAAAGAGGGAUCUCAACCUGCGAGAUCCACGACUCCGUUGUCCGUCACAAGCUCCAGUUCUAGGACCAAGAGUCCUGCGACACCAGCGAAUAGUCGUCAAACGCGAACGAGGAACAACGAUGCCAGCGUCGAGCACCGAAGGCGAACGAGGAGAACGUCUGGACACACAGAUAUCGUUCUAUCUGAAACUGAAGAGAGCGAGACGUAUGAUUCGGAUACAACGGAAUCUGAACAAACGAGAACCAAGCCCAAGGCUACGGAGGAUAGAAAACGUAGAGAAGCGAGAUACAGGACGGAGGAUAGAAUAAAGCCCGAUGAAACGAGCGAAGGUGAGGAGGACAAAGACAAUUUGGAGGAACCGCGUAGAGGCAGACGUUUGAGAAGAACGAUCAGCAAAUCUCAAGGUAUAAAAUCUGAACCAGAUAGCGACGAAGAGCAGCCGAAAGGCCGAGACUUCGAUUUGAAUCAAAUACGAUCUGAAUUAAAAGGUUUUGACAAAGCGGUGAAGUUAGAGCUGGUCAGGGUCGAACCCGAUCCGGAGGAUGAAAUAAAGAUGGAAGAAAAAGAGAACGUCGUAAUGGUCUCGCCGAAAUUAGAGAAGAAUUUAGAGCCGACAAAGCUAGAAACAGCGCCUGAACCUAAAGCAAUAGAUAACACCGAAGAUAUAUAUGAAUUCAAAGAACCAGAACCAUUUGAAUUCGAAGUGCGGAACAAGCGGGAUACGAGCGGAGACAAAGACAAAGUGAAGAAGAGGGUAUUUGAGGAAGAGCCGAAAAGUCCUAAGAAGAAACAGAAAAUCGUUGUAUCACCGGUUAUCAAGGAACCGAAGUCAGAUACAGACAAUGAUUCGCGAAAGAAACCGAAGAAAUCGUUUAGUAAACGAGUCGACGAUAUUACGGAAACUUUACUUUCCCACAAACCAAUUCAACCUCCGUCACUGGCAACGUGUGAAGAAGCAUUUGACAAGCUGUGCGAAUCGCCAUCAUUUAGUCAAGUAAAACCAGCGUCUAUCAUUGAAGAGACGAGCAAAAUAAGUAACGGCAUGGAUCUCUUAUUUAGCGAUUUACCCGGAGACGACGAUGGUACUCACGACGAUUCGGAAGAUCGUUUGAUAAUAUCAGAAGCCGAAGUUUCGGAAGCUGAACAAGAAAACUUAUUUACAUAUCAACAAGAAAUGUUUCCCUCGAACGAUACAAAUGGCUCGGUAGAUACGAAUAAAGAAGAGACAAGUUCGCAAAAUGAAUCGAUAAAAGAAAAUGUAACACCGCCGAUUUCGAGUAAGCCUGAUGUACCCGUUGAACAAAAGCCAAGCGUGAAAUCGCCGUUACAUAGACAAUCACCAGAGUUGAAACCAUCGGAGUCCAAGCUGUUGGACGUUACGCCUGUCCCGUCUCCGAUAGUGACAGUACCAGCACCGAUUAGCGCAAGACUUCCGGCAACUUCUACGAUAGAAGAAAAACUUUCAGCCGCGAUGGCUUUCCGCAAUAAGACUAAAGAUGUUAAGAAAGAAGAAGAAAUAUCGGAACCUUUAUGGAAACCAAAAGAAGUGGCCAAAAAACUGGAUAUCAUGGCUGUGCAGAAGAAUAAAGAUGAGCACGUGUCGAAAAUAGAAAUCGAGACUAAGAAACAGCGGGACGAAGAAGUCGCAAUAAGUAAUGAAGACCAGUGCAAGGAUAUAAUGCGCGCGGUGAUCAAACAAAAAGAGGAGGAACUUCAACAACUCAAAUUGAAGAAAGAAGUGGAGAUAAAGAAGUUUGUUGAAACGAAAACGGAACACAAGAAAGUAGAGACCGAGGAAGAAAAAUGGAAACACGUGGAGAACGAGAAGUCGAAGAAACUGGAAGACGAUUUUAAAGAACAUGAUCUGAAAGAAAAGGAGAAAGAAAAACGCAAGAAACUGAUUAGCCAAGAUGCGACAGACUCUGCUGACAGCAGCGAUUCCGAGCAGAGACUUGUAAUCGAUAACGAAGAAUUGCAAGAUGUAAAGACCCCGUCAAAUUUUGAUGUCAAAUUAAGGGCAGAAUUGGACAGGCUUCAGGACACACAAGAAAGAUACUCGAAAUUACAACCACAAAAAGUUAUCCAACCAUUGAAACACCAACAACAGGAAUGUCUCGCCGAAUUUAAGACGGAGAGUACGCCUGUUGCGAAAACUGAUGAAGAAGGAGAGGCGAUCAAUUCUUUAUUGUGCGAAGAAGAGAUACCAGGCUCUCCAGCGCCUGUCACCGAAAGUAUAGAACAAAUAAAUGCAGGUCCAUCCUGUUCUCCUCCGAAAGUCGAAGCCACGGAGAGCAGUAUAGUGCUAAUGGAAAUGCCUUUCGCGAGCGCGCCUACGUCAGGACAAAGUACAACUAGCAGUACUGUCGCCACCCUGAGCAUGGCACUGCCAAAAACUAUCGAAACGUCCGUUCCGGUUUCUUUGCCUGUACAACAAAAUCCAACACUGGGCGUGAGGCAACAGUCCCAUCAUCAUCUGCCCGCGCUAAUGCCAGCGCAAAGGAGGGAAAGCAACGAAGCAGCCCCUGUAAUGGAUAAUACUCCACCGACCACGCCCGACUCGAGUAUCUCGAAUAUCUCUGGCUCUCCCAGAGAAGAAAGAACAGGCGGUUCAUCACCGACUUCCGAGGAUAACAUGAAACACAAUCGAGAUAGCUCGGAGCCUGAUAACGACUGUGGCGGUAAAGGUCCAGGAUUUAGUGAGGACGACACGUUACCCAACGCGGAAGGAAAUUCCGCGGACAGGAUAUUAAAACCACCCGCGAAACGAUCUGUCGAAGAGACGCAAUCUCCUAAGAAACGUAAAAGGAGUAGAAAGCACUCGGAGUGCGAGAAGAAUGCUACUAAGAAAACUGCGAGACAUAGCAGCAGACAUGGUAGUAGACAUGGUGCUGGUAGCGACAGCGACGAUACGAGCGAAGGUUCCAAUUUGUGCGGAGUUAAUUCCGCUUCGGCGAACCAUACGAAUAUUGCUACCGUUCCAGAUCUCAGUUCCUAUUCAUCCAGGUCACCUCGACCAACAAAAUAUAACUUCUACGUGGAACUAGAUCCUGAAUUGGAUGGUAGUCAAAGAAUAGCAGUAUUGCAGCAAAAAUUAGCUGAAUUACGAAAAACGUACAAUGCUGUGAAAGUCGAGCUCGCCGGCAUUGAAAGACGCAGAAAGAAAUUGAGGAGGAGAGAACGGGAGGGUAAAUACUUAAUUCGUUCAAUCCUUUGAUCGCUAUAAAGGCAGCUAAAGCGGAAAUGCAACAGGCCUGUUCGUGAUGAGCUGCCUUGAGGCAUUUGAGCUCACUUAAUCUGCGUUGAGAAUACUUUUAUACGAAUGGGAAGGAAAGCAUAGGACAUCCUGCGCAUCACAGCAAAUUUCAUGACAAUUUUUAUCUAACGCCGAUUAGGUAAACUUUUCCCCCAAUAAUAAUAUAAAUUGUAGAUAUUAGGUAUAAGAGUUUAGUACAUAAAGGAGGAACACAUUUACCAUAAAUGAAAAAUAUAUAUUCAUAUAUGCUUUUGUGUUGUACAUUGUUUUGUCAAAUAACGUAAAUUCGUGACAGUUAACAAAUUUCUAUCUUCAAUUCGUCAUUCUUCAUCUGCUCAGAUGCAAAGUACAAAUUAUCGAACUUGAUGAUCAUUUUCAUCGUUCAUUCUUCUUUUUUAAGAAAAGGCUGAGAAAAAAUGUUACCGAAUAGCGUGUUACUGUAAAGACAUCUUGGGAACAAAUAAUUGUCUAAGCCGUCUGUCAUUUCUGUUUCGAGCAUAACUUAUAUGGUAUCAUUGGCGGUUGAGCUGUUUUCAAGACGAAAUCAUGAGACGAGGAUGUCAAGUGCAACAAACAUUAUAUAUUUCGUAGGAUAGAAAAUUCUGUACAUAUUAGAGGUAGUGUGAAUGGUUUGCAAUAUGAAUAUGUACGAAAAGGAUAAGAGAUUCUAGAAUUCUCGAAAUUUGUUUUAUUUAAAAACUGAAAGGAGAUGUUGCAAUUUAAACGUGAUUUUAAAGUAGAGGAGAAGAUAUGUAAAGCAAUGUUCGUUCAUUUCACUUCCGAGAUGAACGAACGAUUGUAUUAUACAUCGGUCGUGUAUGUAAGCGUAGCACAGUUCUUAAUUUCCUAAUAAAGGAAGAUUAAUUGUGUAAAUAAUUCACGUGAGUAAGAUGUGGUAUCGUAGUUGUUCGGAAAUAACGAUUAUUGCAAUUAACUGUCGUAUUCGUACUCCGGUAUAAAAUUUCUUGACAAACUGCAUAGGAUUGGAGCCUUCAAGCUAUGCAAUUGUCAUGAAUGCAGCUCAACGGGAUUCAUCAAUUUACAGCCUUUUGCAUUAUAUCUGAAGAAUUGCUGCCAUUGUGCUUUAAUCAUCAGAUUAGGUAUUAGAAGUUUCUCAUUGUCGUAUAUCAUAAUUGGUCAAAGAUGCAUUUAUAUUUCUAUUUGGGCGUGCUAUGCACCCCAGUACUAAAUAAACAGAAAACCAAAAAAAGCAGAAAACUUUAAGCAACAAGUUUGCCGAAAAUGAAAUCAAACAACCCUGAAUGGAAUUAAAUUUGUAUGAAGAACGUGUUGGCUGAGAAGAGAAUGAAAAUUUUAUAUAGAUAUAUAUAUAAAUAUAUAUUAUAUUUUUUAUAUAAAAAAAAAGUAUCAGUUGUGAACGUGUUUCAUGAUGUCAGGCAACACGGUCAUACACUGAUUGGGGGGAAAGACGAAAGCAAAUUAGGAGUCGGGCUCCAUAAAAUCUUUGUAAAUAUUUUACAUCGCGCGUGUCGAACGAGACACCCGUAAGUCAGAUUUUAGUAGUUGUUUAUCGCACACAGAUAUAGCUGCGCAUAUUAUUGUAUAAUGAUUUCACAAAUCUCGCAGUAGCACACGCUGUAUAUGUGUCUUAAGAAGUCACGAGGAUGUGCGUCGACGCUCGAUUAAAGUGCACGCGAAAAAAGUUUACACUUGACCGAAGUCAAGACAACCGAAUAAUUGUUUUAUUUAUUUUAAACCAAGGAUACCAGUGAUAUUGAAAUUAUUUUGUUCUCGGGUUGGGUGAUCAUUAUUUAAUAAUGAAGAUAAUUAAAAGUAUUUAAGAACUAUGUGUACCAUCGCUUUUUUGUUGUAAACAAUUUUCCUACAGACGCACGGACACAGUUCUCCUUCUUCAAACAUUAUUUUACUUUAAUUACCCUGCGUAAAAUUUUCAAUGCCGUUAAUUCAAUCAUGUUACUCUGAUUUACCACAAAUGUUCGUAUUAUAUCUCUAAUCUAUAAGGAAAAAAUGCAGUUAUUAGUUGUUAACUUAGAAAACAAUUGGCAAGACAGGUGAAGACAAAUUGUAAUGUAAAUGUUUCGACCCUGAACAAAACAGAAGUUUAUACUGUGUAUUCUUAUAUGAUAAGGAUCACAUGUUUGUAAUAAUAAAUGAAACGGAAACAAGGAAAUCGUUUUAUCAAGAUUGUAUAAUGUGAAUGCUGAGUGGAGAACGCAUCCUUGUCUUCUGAACACAAAAUUUCUCCCUGUAAAUCACGGAUUACAUGUGAGAUAACACAUAUAGUGAGCACAAUGUGGAUUGUGUCGCCAACCAGUAAUAUUGUUCCACAUAACAUUUAAUUGUGUUAGCGGAUAUUGUUAAGAAAUAAAUCUUAUCUUAACAAA